AUGAUCGAUUGUGGUUAUCAACGAAAUAUUUGGACUAAAAUAUUACUUUUAUUUUCCGUUUUUUUCGCGGAUGUUCUCGCGUCCGAAAAUUUGAAAUAUGUGAACAUCACGGAUUAUCCUUAUCACGUAUCCAUCGAGAAAUAUGGGGUACACACGUGCAGCGGAGCGUUGGUGCACGAAUUGUGGGUAAUAACCGCGGCGUCCUGCGUUUUUCAGGCAGACCUGUCCACGGUAACCGUGCGAGUGCGCUCGUCCAUGCUUUCAACCGAUGGAGAUCAAUUGGAAGUGGGCAAUAUCGUUGUGCAUCAGGAUUUUGAUAAAUACGUUCUGCUCAAUGAUAUCGCGCUAAUCAAGUUCAAGCUACCUGUACAAUUUGGGGCCAAAUUAUUACCGAUAUCGCUUCCGGAAAAGGAAGACAAGAAGCUUAAUGACGGAACGACGUGUUUCGUGACAGGCUGGAGAAACACUCUGGUCGGUCCAGUGGAACCUCAACUCACGGUGACAGCAGUGCCCCUCGUGAACCAGAGUACCUGCAGCUCGGCGAUGCCCUGUUACGAGCCCGUGCUCCAGAGGAUGCUCUGCGCCGGCAACAUGACCCAGGGGGUAGAGACGUGUCAGGGUGAUCCAGGUGCUCCGCUGAUGGAAGGGCAGACUCUGAUUGGCGUUCUAUCCUAUGGAUUAGGGUGUAAAACUAUGAUACAUCCGGGCGUAUACACUCGUGUCAGCAGUUACCUAGCGUGGAUCUCGGCAAAUUCCGGUAUCCACUAUAUAUAAGAUGAUAUUCGCGAAACGCUACAAUGUCAACAUUGCUUUACCAGAAACACGUGGUAUGAUCAAAGCCUCUUAUAGUUUUAAAGGGGUGAGGGAUGUGAGAUGAAAUUUUUUCUUGUUUCCAUCUCGUCAUUGUAAAUCUGAAAUUGAGAUUGACUAAGCUCUUCUUCCUUAACUGCAAUAUCAUCAUCGUACAUUUGCAUUGUGGAGUCAGAAAAUAGUCUGAGGAAAAUAGUGGUUAAAAAUGGUAUUUUUUUCUUUUUUAAUAAUAAUUUUAACAUUAGAAAAAUGAAGAAUAAAAAUUCUAUUCUAUUCGCA